AUGACAGAUAUUGUUAAAGCUGGUUGGCUAUUACGUCGUACAACUAUAUUAAAAAAUUGGAAGCGUGAAUGGUUUAUCUUGACAAAUGAUGCUCGCCUUCGUCGUAUGUCAAAUCCUGAUAAACAAUUUGAUAAAGCUGAUGAUGUAUUUCAAUUAAGUCGUUGUCGAGAAUUACGUAUUGGUACUGAACAAGUUCCCUAUAAUAUUGAACCACCCGAUGGUUCAACACGUGCACAAUUGAUGCAACUUGUACCAAGUGAAGGUGAUCCAUGGACAUUAUGUGCUGAAUCAACUGAUGAUUUACUUGCAUGGCAAACAUCAUUUGAUGAUGUUCGUCAAUUACAUAUUGAGCGUAUGCAACAACAGCAAGCUCGAUUUAAUAAUAUACAAUUUCCACCUGGUCGAUAUGAUUUUGCUUAUUAUCCAGGUGUUUAUGAAGGUGAUUAUCCACAUCAAGUUUAUCGUGCAUCUGAUGGAUCAACACAUACAGUUAUAUUUGUUGAUCGAGGUUUACGUUAUGGUACAGGUAGUGGUUUAGCAGCAGGUGCAUUAACUGGUAUGGCUUUAGGUAGCCUUAUGUGGUGGCCAUUCUUUAUGUUUCCGUUAAUGUGGUAUUAA